CGAGGACGAGGACGACGACGAUGACGGCGACGACUCGGAGGAGGAGGAUUCCUCCGAGAGCGACUCGGAGGACGACUCCGAGGAGCACGGGGCGGCGCUGGACGGUGACCUCAGCCUAGCAGAUUAUGACUAUCUGCCCGUGUCUUCUGAAAUCAAAGAGCUCUUUGAGUACAUCAAGAGGUACACGCCCAAGACAAUAGAGAUAGAGCACAAACUGCAACCUUUUAUUCCAGACUUUAUUCCUGCAGUUGGAGACAUAGAUGCGUUCCUAAAGGUUCCCCGUCCCGACGGCAAGCCUGACAACCUUGGCCUGCUGGUGCUGGAUGAGCCAUCGACCAAGCAGUCGGAUCCCACCGUGCUCGCCCUUUGGCUGACAGAGAACUCCAAGCAGCACAAUGUCACCCAGCAGAUAAAAGUGAAGAGUUUGGAGAACGCGGAGAAGAACCCCAAAGCCAUUGAGAGCUGGAUUGAGAGUAUCAGUGAGCUGCACCGCUGCAAACCUCCCGCCACUGUCCACUACAGCAGGCCAAUGCCCGACAUUGAGACCCUGAUGCAGGAGUGGUCACCGGAAUUUGAGGAGCUCCUGGGAAAGGUGGGCCUUCCGACUGCGGAGAUGAGCUGCAGCCUGGCUGAGUACAUCGAGAUGGUCUGUGCCGUUCUGGACAUCCCCGUGUACAAGAGUCGGAUCCAGCCUCUGCACGUACUUUUUUCCCUCUACUUGGAGUUCAAGAAUUUGCAGCAUUUCAAGCCCCUGGCUGAUGGGGAGGAGGGCAGGACCCCGCCGUCCAACCCACCAUCACGAGCGGCAGAUGUGGAGGUACUGAGCUUUAUGUGA